AACACGUGCGACUGGAGCGUAUGACGUCAGACGCACGCGUGUUACGAAAAAAGAGUUAUGAAAGUUCUUUCCAGUCACGCUGAUAAUUUCUUUCAUCUCUCUUAUUUCCCCGCAGCUGCUGUAGAGAUCCACACCGAAGGCUUUGCGUAAGCUAGCAGUUAUAUUCAGAGGAAUGAUGUUGGGAUCAGUGGUUGUUGGUAUAGGCAUCGCAGGAUCUGUGAGGAUUAGAGACUUGCUCGCUCCUCUGCCGUCCAGCGCUGCUGAGAAGUUCAGCAUCAAAGGCUUUGUGUCCAGGAGGACUCUUGAAGAUCAGCAGGGUGUGAAGCAGAUCUCUAUGACGGAGGUGUUGAGCAGAGACGACAUCCAUGCGGCCUUUAUAUGCACCGAAAACACUAACCAUGAAGAGCACAUCAGGCAGUUUCUGGAGGCGGGGAAGCAUGUGUGUGUUGAGUAUCCCAUGACCCUCAGCUACACGUCUGCUGUGGAUCUGUGGAAUCUGGCUCAGCAGAAGGGCCUGGUGCUACAUGAAGAACAUAUCGAACUCUUCACUCCUGAUUUCAAACAGCUGAAAAAAGACAUAGCUGGCAAAACGCUGGAGGAGGGAACGCUGCACUUCACAGGUGGACCCUUGAAGCCGAAUUUUGGGUUCCCAUCUUUCAGCGGGAUUGCCAGACUGACCUGGUUGGUUGAUCUUUUCGGGGAGCUGACGGUUACUGCAGCAUCUCUGAUAGAAGAAAAAGAAAAAAAAAACAAGAAGACGACACACUUACUGACUCAACAGCAGAAACCUUUAACUUGGAUUGAAGAGCGGGGUCCAGGACUGGGCAGAGCCAAACACAUACACCUUCGCUUUCAGGACACCAACAUCACGGAGCUUCCUGCAGGUCAGCGGGAGCCGGUGGGGCUGUUCAUGCAGGAUCUGGUGCUGUUCGGCCGGAAGCUGCAGGGUGAAGUGUCUGCUGCGGAGCUCCAGGAGGAGAGGAGCAGGAUCUUACACUGUCUGCAGCUGGCAGACCGCAUCCAGCAGCUCAGUGAACACACUCAGGCCUGAACCUGAACCUCUCCACACUGCAGAUUCACACAAUAACCCAUACACAAUUGUGGGAUAUAGACUGUGGUGUAGUGGAAGAUAAUAUAAUUGAAUAUAUACAUUUAUUUUCAUUUGAGGUUUUUUUUGUUUUUGUUUUUUUAACAGUGAAAAUCUGUUUGCUGAUCAGUUGCUUUUUGUUGUAGCUUGUUUAACACAAAGGGAAAAAAUAAAAAUUGUGACUUUAUUUCACAAUACUGCGUUUAUAUCUCGCAAUUCUGAGUCAGAUGAAAGUCUGAAUUGUGAGAUAAAAACAUUUUGGGUUUUUAUCCCAUGGUGGAAACCAGCUUUUAUAGCUUUUCAGCUCUAAAAAGGACAAAAAAAAAACUCAUAAAAGUAUGACUUGAAGUUUGUUCUCUUCUUCUCAAAAACACUAAAUUAUAAUCUCUGUCCUAUUUAGACCUUGACAGAUAUUCUUUCUUCAGACUUAAAUGCAGUGAUUAAAAAGGCAAUGUAGUAGUUUCAGUGUAAAAUCAGAAGAUUAACGUUUUAAAAUUUGAUUUGGAAAUUGAACUGAUAGUUCUGUUUAACUAGUGGGCCGCAUCAGGAUAUGCAGUAACAGCAUGUGUAACUCAUAACUUAUUAACAUAACAUUUUAUUAUUUAGCAUAAAGGGAUGAUUCUUGCUGACUUCUUGUUGUUGUAUUUUUUUUUUUUUUAAGUUUUGUAAAUCAGUUGGUAUUUAGUAUGUGACUGAUACAACGAGUCUUGUUUUAGUACAUUUCAGAAACUGGUGUUCAUACAGGCUGGAGCGUUGCAAAACAUUGUGCACUUUUGUUUGGUUUGAUAUUAUAUCAUUCUUAUAUUUAAGUUGAAUAUUAAAUAUUAAAUUUAAUAUUGAAUAUUAAACUUUAAUAUGAGUGUGAAAACUGUGUAUUAAGUGUGAAAACUGGAUGAGAUCUGUAAGCAUUCAUACAUCUUUUGAGCAAAAUCAAAGCUUCUCUUAUCAUUCAUGCUGUGGUAGAAGUGGUUUUUUUUAUCUGAUAAUUUUUUUUUUCAUAUCGGUGUUCUCUCUGGGAAAGCACUGAAUGGAGCAUAAAUGCACAUAUCAUUGACAGAGAAACAUACAGAGAGAGAGAGAAAUGUUUUGUCUUCAUGUUUACAUGUUUGUGUUUUCAGUUAAAAAAAUAAAUUGUGCCUGCUUUCUGGAA